AUGGCGCACAGCAGUGAUCACCAGGCCGCCCCGCCUGAGCCUGGCAAGGCGGGCGGGGCGUGCAGGAAACGCAAGGCGGCCCAAGUGACGGUGCUGCCGCCCUUCGUGUUGCACGCGCAGCUUCAGAGCCGGCAGCUGAUGAGCCGUUGGAAGCUGAGGCCGGCGGAGGGCAGCAACGGGCUGCUGUCGGGCCGUGCUGCCGCCACCGCGCCGGCGGCGGCAGCCAGCGACAGGCCUGCCGCCAAGCUGGGGGGCAAGCCGGCCGGGCGUAAGGGCGUGCCGCACACCUACGUGCCCGUUCGCACGCUCCCCCUCAUCUUUGCCCAGCGAAGACAGCACCUGCAGCAGCAAAAGGCCAAGGCGCAGCACCGGGGCCCAUAUGAGCAGCGCGACGGCGAGGGCCUGCUGGCCUUGCCUGAGGAUGUGCUGCUCAAGGUGGUGUGCUUCCUGACGCACGACGAGCUGAAGCCGCUGUUCCAAGUGUGCAAGGCGCUGCGCACCACGCUGCGCAAUGCCGUGGCCUAUCACUUCAACUACAACACCCCCAGCCGGCCGGUGGAGGAGCACGUGCCGCCGGUGCUGGGCGAGCGCCAGCGCCGCCCCGCGCGCACCAACGUGCAGCAAGUCAUGAGCCGGCUGGCACGCGGCGUGCGGGGAGUGUCGGGGCGCAGCAGCGGCACCACUGCCUCCAGCCGCAGCACCGCGCCGCGAGCCCUGGACUUUGCCGACCUCCCCGCUUCCGGCAGCGGCGUCCCUGCUGCGGUGCCAGUGGCGCUGGGCUUCGGGGCGGGACCGUGA